CUCCAUCCCUCUUCUCUAUAUAAAAAAACACCAAAACUCAAAAAAACUUCACAGCCCAUCCCCAUGAAAGACUCUCUCCUCUUGAUUUCUCCUUUUUUUUUGUUUUAUUGAACACAACUAAUUAACUAACAUAUUUUUGUUAAGGUUCUUUCAUAUAUUAUGACAUGAAGUUUUUGCUAGAAUUCGUGGGUUGUUGUGGGGUCUCAAGUGGAGGCGGUGGACCAAAGGAGGUUCCUGAGAGUGUGGGGAGGCUGUCGGAGGAGGAGACACAUGCGUUGGUGGCGGUAAGGAGGAAUCAUAGGAGGAAGAAGAGAGGGAGAGGGCCUUCGACUGUGGGGAAUAAUAAUUCAGGGGUAGAGUGGAAGCCAACGUUGAGUGCCAUAUCGGAGAAUAACGUGGCGGCUGUCGUCGGGGAGACAGGAGGUGAAAGGUUGGUUAAAAGGAAAGGUAGUGGCGGUGGCGGUGGCGGUAGGGCCCGUGAUAUUGCUAGCCUUUCUGAUUACGUUGAAAAUUACAGGCGAAAUCGGGUAAUGGCUGUAAUUCCAGCAUUCUCUGCAGCUCCGUUCAUGAUUUAGCGGCCAUGGUGUUCCAUUCAAUUAAGACUUUGGAUUGGAUGCUUGCAUGUAGAUAUAAUAAUAAGUAGGGAAGUAAAGCUUGUAAAAGCUUCUCAGCUUUGUUAUCAAGUCGAGUGUAAGUUCUCCUGAAGUUGUCUUCUUCUUCACCCCACCCAGGUCGACGUUGUCAAGCUUCAUGUGUUGUAAUUAUUAUACUUGUAUUAAAAGGAAAUGCUGUUUCAUCGUAGAAA